AUGAGCAAGGAACAUGGUGAAAGUAAUGGUGAGGAUAUGCCCUGCCAAAGGAUCGCGAGACACCUCAGAAUCCAUGUCCUUUCUCAGUUAGACGCCCAUAAGAAACAACUGACCUUUUGUGAGCCGCCCACCUGCACACGCUCCACCUCUGCCAACGCCCCAAAGAUGUUUACCUUUGGCGCCGUCUUUACCCAAGAUGCUUCACAGGCGGAGGUGUGCUCAGGGACAGUGGCAGAGGUUAUCCAGUCUGUGGUCAAUGGGGCAGACGGCUGCAUCUUCUGUUUUGGUCAAGCCAACCUCGGCAAAAGCUACACUAUGAUCGGCAGGGACAGCUCUACACAGAGCUUGGGUGUGGCACCCUGUGCUAUCUCUUGGCUCUUCAAGCUCAUCGAGGAAAGGAAAGAGAAAGCUGGCACACGAUUCUCUAUCCGUGUGUCUGCUGUGGAAAUCUGUGGCAGGGAGGAGAUGCUGCGAGACCUGCUGGCUGACUUUUCCACAGGGACUUCCCAGGACAGUCAGGGCGCAGGAAUUUCCCUGCGAGAGGAUCCGGUCUGUGGAUCACAGCUGCAGAACCAGAGUGAGUUGCGGGCAUACUCUGCAGAGAGAGCUGCAUUCUUCCUGGAUGCAGCUCUGGCAGCACGCAGCACCAGCAGAUCUGACUGUAAGGAAGAGGACCGCCGGAAUUCUCACAUGCUCUUCACCCUACACAUUUCCCAGUACCGCAUGGAAAAGAGCAUCAAAGCAGGAAUGUCCGGGAGUCGCAGCCGCCUGCAUCUUCUGGAUUUGGGGAGUUGUGAGUCUGAUUUGAGUCAAACAAGAGAUGGAGGGAGCCAGUGUCUGUCAUUGGGUGCCCUUGGAAAUGUCAUCCUAGCCUUGGCCAAUGGAGCCAAGCAUGUGCCAUACAGAGACAGCAAGCUUACCAUGCUGCUGAGGGAAUCGCUGGGCAACAUCAACUGCAGAACCACCAUGAUCGCCCACAUCUCUGACUCGCCAGCCAAUUAUGCCGAAUCUCUCACCACUGUGCAGCUUGCCUCCCGUAUUCACCGCAUGAGAAAGAAGAAAUCUAAGUAUGCAUCAAGUUCCUCUGGAGGGGAGAGCUCCUGUGAGGAGGGACACAUCAGACGAAGACCCUUCUACCCUCGGACUGUGGCUCUUGACCCAGACCACCCUGCAAUGUUAUCCAGUGACCCAGAUUACUCCUCCAGCAGUGAGCACUCAUGUGAUACAGUGAUCUAUGUGGGGCCUGGUGGGACCCCUAUCUCUGAUCGUGAACUCAGCGACAAUGAAGGCCCACCUGCAUUUGUUCCUAUCAUUCCCUCUGAACAAGAAGCGUGUAAAAGAGGAUCUAAAUCUGAUGGCGACCACUUGAAAUGCAACACUUUUGCUGAGUUACAGGAACGGCUUGAGUGUAUCGAUGGCGGUGAGAACACAUCUGUCUUCACUAGUGAAGGAAAAGGCCAACAGACAGCUUCGAAAAGUGGUGUGGAAAAAGAAUCAGAAGGGGCUUCUGUAUCAACCAGGACCACCAAGUGUUAUCUUCAGAAGCCUCCGCACAUGCAACAUGGGGCAUCAUCCGAAAUUCACACAAAUUUAGGACAAGAUUCAGAGCCUGUUGUGAGAGAGAAAGUUUUUAGUAGUACCUUUACAAAACCCAAUGCCUCUUCAUCCUUGCAGAACGUCUCAAAAACCUUGAUUUUGAAUACUGAGUGUGGCCUAGCCACACGGGCACCUCCAGUAGGUAUGAGCCAGCAAGCCCUAAGGCAGGGAGAACGAGAACGCAGUGAACCCUCAAUUACUGAUAGAUCCCAUCACCUCAGUAGAAGUCCUAUGGAAGUGAGCCAUCUACGUGCUACUCUGAGGAACAGGUGCCUCGAUAGGGAUGUUUUAAGGACUACAGUUACACUGCAGCAGCCUGUGGAGCUCAACGGAGAGGAUGAGUUGGUGUUUACAGUGGUCGAAGAGCUACCUGCUGGUCUGGUUCCAGACAACGGGAGACCAUCCAGCAUCAUUAACUUUAACACAGACUGCUCUUUGCAGGCCCUGGCAUCUCACUCACGGCCUGUUAGCAUUAUCAGCAGCAUCAACGAUGAGUAUGAUGCCUACACAUGCCAGAUGAACAGGACCCAAAUGAACCAAGGUGCUACUUCCAAGUCACAGGAGGAAUUAACAGCUGGCAAUGCAACUUCACACUCUUCAGUCAGCUCCUGGUCUAGCAAGACAAAUAUUCAUACCCCAAGUAGUGAUGAGACAUUAAAGGGAGUGCGUAAAGGACAAGUCAGCAGCUCAAUGAUGGAUUUACCUGGUGGUUUAAACAUUGAGUCUUUCUCCCAACAAAGAACAAAUAGUCCACUGGGUGACAGUGGAAUUUACUUUUCAGAUUAUGAUUCUGCAACCAUUGACAAAUUGUCCAUAUCUAAGUGCCCUCUAUCUCAUGACAGUACCAAAGCAUCCCUCAGUGGUCCAAAGUUGAUAAGAUCUAAUAGACUCAUGACCUCACAGUCUGCCCAAAUCCCAUACAUUUCUACACUCCCUAGAAAGACCACCCAAACUGCAUCCUCUAGCAGUAACUACAGCCAUGAGCUACAACGCCAAGUUAGCAGAAUAGAUGAACAUUGGACCCACAGUAGUAGUGGGCUACACUCAACCAGGAAUUCAGAGUUUAGCUCUGUUAGCAAACCACCGAAAAAUGGCAUGAGUGGGAUUCCAUCUAGAAAGACAAACGGGAAUAGCAACAGUGUACCUCGCCCUCCUAAAAAUUUGUCGUCCGCAUCUCAAAGGGUUGUGGAUGGUUGUGAGAAGUCUAGUGUUAAGAAAGGGGACCUGAGCAAGAUGCCUCAGCUCAGGAGAGGAGCCACCACACUUGGCAUGGUCUCAGUGCCCCAUAGCUCCUCUGAGAUGAAAUGGGGCAGUGAUGCCUCUCAAACAACUGGUAGUCUGAAAUUCUCAUCCUUAGGAAAGAGAGCAAAUGGACAGAAGGGUAGUAUGCUCCCUAAGUCUGGAAGCAUGUCACCCCCUGCUCCACCUGUCCGAAAGUCAAGCCUCGACCAGAGAACUCGCAUUUUGUUGUCUCCUAGUGCCUUAAAGUCAGUAGGUAAUGAUGGAACAAGAUUGUCUUCCUCCAAAGCAUCGUUUUCUGAGGAAGACUUUGAUGUUCGAGGUAGAGGGGAAUCCUUUAGUUUUAAGUCAUCCAGCCUGAAGACAGCUUCUAGUCUCAGAUCACAUAGUGCUAAAGGAGACAAUGGGAGGCAUUUUGGUAGUCUUAUGUCGCUUGAAAGGUCUGACAGUUUAACCUCAGUGGGUUCCAAACCAAUAACAUCAAGAGAAAACAGUAAUGUCAGUAUCGGUAGCACUGGCAAAACUGCUAAAAUGGUGCCAAAACCUGGGACACCCUGUUCAAUAUCUACACCAACUGCUACUUCCCCUCCAUCUACUAGUGGAAUUUGUAAGCUUGGACAGAUAAAAGCUAGUAUAACUCCUAGAUCCAUUGUUGGGAAUAGCAACAAAGGGAAGACCUUGUCAAGUACUGGUUCAAAGACUCUAAGCUCCUCCACCAAGUUCCUUGCCGUCUCAGCAACUCGGAACACUAGUCUACCUCCAACUGGAAAGCCCCCAACUCGCUCUAUCACAAGCUCCAAUGCUAAACAAGGAAGAGGCACUAUUAUGGGGACAAAGCAGGCGAUUCGUGCAGCCAACAGCCGAGUCAGCGAAUUAGCAGUUGGUAGCUCCAAGAAACACCUCAGGGGCUCUGACCAAGCAGACGGCAGCAAUGAUACCAGGACUUCCAGUGAGACACCACUGGCUGCUCCUUUGCCUUCUCCUUACAGCAAGAUCACAGCCCCUCGCCGUCCUCAGCGGUAUAGUAGUGGACACGGUAGUGACAACAGCAGUGUACUUAGUGGUGAACUGCCUCCUGCCAUGGGGCGCACUGCGCUUUUUUAUCACAGUGGAGGCAGCAGUGGCUAUGAGAGCAUGAUCAGAGACAGUGAAACCACAGGUAGUGCAUCUUCUGCCCAUGAUUCCAUGAGUGAGAGUGGAGUGUCCACGUCCAGUCGAACAAAGGCCUCAAAAUCUCCCAAAAAGAGAUCUAAUGGCCUGCAGCGACGCCGUCUAAUUCCUGCUCCUCUGCCAGACACCUCUUCUAUGGGCAGGAAGGUUGGUGCAGCAGGCCAGUGGGUCGAUCUACCUCCCUGGGGUGCUAUGAAGGAGCCCUUUGAGAUCAAAGUUUACGAAAUUGAUGACGUGGAACGCCUUCAAAGACGCAAAGAAGGGCUGACAGAGGGUUUGCAGUAUUUUAACGCCCGCCUUAGGAUGCUGGAGAAGAGGCAGCAGCAGAUCAGAGAGUUAAGAGCCAAGCACGAGAAGCUGAAAAAGGAGCUAGAUGACGCUAAGACUCGUCUCAUGCUGGACCCCAGCAAAUGGAUGGGAGAAUUUGAUGUGGACCCAGAUCUGGACCAGGAGUCGCAGGACUACCUGGAAGCUCUGGCUCAGGCCACAGGAGACCUGGAAUUUUGUGUCAAUCUAUGCAAGUCUCGUGUGAUGAUGGAAACCUGCUUCGAUAUCGCUGUGCCCACGAUCCCAGGACAGAGCGGACAACAGGAAAUGGAGGUCUAGAAGAGAACAAAACAGGACAUUGUUGGCAAGCUAGCAAGUUAGAAAGCUGUUUUUUUUUUUUGAGACUGUCCUUCAACAAGUGAGGACGUCGAGUGGUUAGAAACUCCCAGAAAUGAUGAGAAACAUAGAGACUGAAAACAACAAGAGCAAGACCGUGUCCUGAGAUCUUCGUUAAACUUUACCAGGAAGUGCCUUAAACCAAAAAAAAAAAUCCCAAGAACUAUCUUUGUUUUAUGAUUGGUGCUAGUAUUGAGACCAACUCUCCCAAGUACAUUUUGAAAAAGUAUUUUGCAUUGCAAUGAAGUGUAUAAUGUAUUUAUAAGAGCUAAAGUGUGUAAAAUAUAGUUUUAAGUAUUAAACACAAAAAACUCCCCGUACUAUUGCCUUUUCUAAUAUCUAAAUGACCGCAAUUAGAAAUCACAUUUUGAAAUCUCUGCCCCGACUGGAUAAAGAUGCUGAAUCAGUGGCACUGUCAUCUGUCUCAUCUAGUUACAGUCGCUCUGCAUGCUGAUUGGCUCUCUGGUACAGAUCUACUACUUUACCUGAUUGGUGCAGCUGGUGGCAAAUCAAAAAUUGGAGCUCGUCUCAAACACUUCUCAGGACAUCAAACCGAAGUGAGUUUGUACUUCAAUUUCAGUGUGUGCUGUAUGCGUCAUACUGUAACGUAUGCAUGUGUCUGUUCUUCUCUGAUCAUGCAACAUCCAGCGUUAAGCUGGUUUCUAUUAACGUAAACAAAUUCACUUUAUCUACCUGAACUUCAAAAGAUUAUGCCUUUCUACACUGAAAAUGAAUAUGUUCAGAUAUACAAACGGCUUUCAUCUGUUGACAAUAUCACAGCACUGGACCUUCUCCUCACUGUGUCCCGUGAUUUAUCUUCAGCCUGUACUGUUUGAUGAUUUUUGUUUGUCAUGUUAAUCCUUCAAGUGUCUCUGGAGAGAAGUGUGACUGCUGUUUCUCAUAAAGAAACAAAUAGAAGAGAUUAUUGGGAUUUGAAGUAGAAAAUGUGGCUAUUUUUUUACAUCUUAAAAUUCUUUCUUGUUUACGCUGUUGGAUGAUUCUUUAUUUAAACAGAGAAAAAGACUCAGGCUUUUUUUCUCCAAGUUGCUGCAUGAUAUUUUCUAUUUGUUCUUUAUAAAAUUGAUUUAAUUAUUUUCUCUUUGUUUUGUUAGUCUGCAAUUUCUACUAAUAAUUUAAGUUUAGCAGAUUUGCCAAGCAUUUAGACUUUUUCAAUGUCUAUGCCAUGUUAUCAGUGUUCCUGCUUUGUAUUG